UCACAUAAUCUUUGAAUAUGCUGUUCAGUCAUAGAGGUUGUAGUUGUAUUCUUCAGUAUUCUGUUUACUUUAUUAUUGUUUUCGUCAGUUGCUUAUAAAUUUCCUACAUACAAAAUUAUUAAGUAUUUCAGUUUAUUUGACGGGUUACAACUCACCACAGCGUUAAUCUUAACUUCCAGCGAAGCUCGACUCGGUCACAAUGCCCAUCCCGCGUGCAGCCGUAUGGAUCCCUCAGUUCGGGACGGACUUGAUGGAGUGGCCGCUCACGCACCCGUGGACGGAGCCCGCCUCUCGCCCCAGGACGAUGUGCGUGGAGCUGUGCGUCUCCGGAGCGGGAGACGAGCGGCGCGGGAUCCUCCCGGAGCUGAUCGGCUCGUACGUGCUGUGGGACAUGCUGGAGAACGAGGAGAAGGACCGGGCCACGCUGCUGCUCAGGCUCGGCCGGCUCCACUCGGAGCGCCGCGGGGUCGCCCGCUUCGUGCUCCGGAACGACCCGGAGCUCCGGGACGGGGGCAGCCUGACGAUGCUGCGGCAGCACGGCUUCGAGACGACCUGCCUGCUGAGCCCCCUCGGCCGCGACGCGCUCGCCGUCUCCCCCCGGCGGCUGAGGGAGCUCGUCCGGGGCUUCGCCUUCUGGGAGCUGCUGUCCUUGGAGCAGCAGGAGCGGGUCGCGGAGCUGGGGAGGCUGCAGAGGACCCACGCGCAGCUGUCCGAGAUAGUCGAGGAGGUGCUCAAGCUCGACCCUCACCUCCGCGACCGGGAGAGCCUGGGGAUCCUCCGCGACGCGGGCCUCACCAAGUUCCUCCCCUGCUGACCUCCACCUUUCCAAGCUGUCGAGUGUUGAAUGCUGCACUGACCAGACUCUUCUGCAGAAACAUCUUCCUGUGCUUCAACAGCAGUGCUGCCAUGGCCGUGCUGCUCGUGCGCGGGGGCGGCUGCGAAGGGGAGGACGACCCGGACGUCGUCAGGUGGUUCGUGCUGAGGAGCGUCGCGAGGCUGGAGCAGAAGGAGGUGGACGCCGCCCUGCUGAUCCUCAAGCGUCUGCAGGCGGAGCGGCGCGGCACGGUCCGCUACGUCCUCGCCACGGACCCCUGCCUCGGCCACGAGGAGUCCGUCGAGCUGCUGCGCCACUUCGGGCUGCGCUUCACGGGGCUCAAGCGCACCAACUUCCGGGACCCGGGAGGGGUGCGCGACCCCAACUUCGAGGUCAUGAUCCGCUGCGCGGCCAACUGCGAGGCGCUGGAGCUGGAGAAGGGCGAGAGGCGGACGGUCCUGCGCGAGCUGGAGAAGCGGCACGCGCGGAGGGAGGAGCGCGUGGCGUGCUGUCUCCAGCGGGACCCUCAGCUCCAGAGACAGGACAGCAUUGACCUGCUCCACAAGAUGGGGCUCGGAAACAUCCAGCUAGCAGGGCAGUGAUUCCCGCCAUCGGAAAUAUUCCCACAACCUACAAGACCGAACGUUGGCCGUCAAGAAUUUGAAAUUCAAAACUAAAGACUAUAAUGCUCUGUUUGCCCUUUUUUUUAUUAUUAUUUCUUCUUUGUAUAUACUCUCGUCUGUUACAAAAUUUUGUGUCUGUGAAGGAAUAAAUUUAUAUUCUGAGCUUGUGAUUAA